AUGAUGGGAUUUGUUGGGGUGCUGCGGAUGUUGGCGGCAUUUUCCCUGUUGUCAGCGGGGCAUUAUUUUGCCGCCGUUUUUCUUCCAGUGGCGGACUGCGAUGAGACGUUUAAUUUCGUUGAGCCCAUUCACCAAUUGCUCUACGGCAGCGGACUGCAGACGUGGGAAAACUGCCCCCUUUACGCACUGCGCUCUUGGCUCUUUACGUGGAUCUACGCCUCCCCUGCGCUUCUCAUGUCAGGGAUGCCGAGCCCGCGAAGUGUCGAUGUGUAUUUUUUUAACCGCAUUUUUCACGGCCGCAUGGCGUGCCUCAGUGAAUUGUUUCUUGUCUACAGCGUGCGGAAGGCGAUCUCUGGGAGGGCCGCGGCGGUGACACUGGCGUUGCUGCUGUUCAACUACCCCAUUCUCCAUGCCGCCGUGAGCGCGCUGCCGACAAGUUUUACGAUGAUUAAUUACUUCAUGGCACUGGGUUUUUGGCUGCGCAGCGGUCACAGGAGCGCCCGGGACAAAAACACUCCCGCUGUGGCCUCUACUGGCCGUCACACAGGGACGUCAAGACGGCGACGAAGCGAAUCGCAUCACUUCAGCGUCUUUGGAACCGUUUUUUUUGCCGUUUUUGCAUGCGCUGUAGUUUGGCCAUUUGCGGGCUUUGCGGUUCUUCCAAUGGCUUUGGAUUUGAUUGUGCGACACCCAAAGGCAUCGGUAGUAUCGCUGCUCCUCGCAAUUGCUCUCAUUAUACCGCUGGCUGUGGGUCUCGACACAUUGUACUACUGCCGCGUCACAUGGAGCGCAUGGAACCUCGUGCGGUACAACUUGAAGGGGGGAGCAGAAUUAUAUGGUGUGGAGCCUUGGUAUUACUUCAUCAAGAAUCUUUUACUCAAUGCACACGUCUUGUUCCUUGCAGGUGUUGUGGCACCGUGUGUAAUCAUCCUUAGACCGACACUAAACGGUAGCCUUAAGCAUACCCGUGACAGCACGAAACAUGAUUAUAACAGCCGGAAUUACAAGGAGAAGGGGGGUGCCCGUGAAGAGGCAGCCACAAUGCAGCGGAAACGCGCUGCACUUCCUCUUCCUUUCACUUCUUUUUCAUUGGUGGAUGUAAAGGCAUACAUGGCGUCGGUGCCAUCCGCACUACCGUCUUCGUCAUCGUCACUGCCCCCUUCGAGGAGUUGCAUGCUGUUGUACAUCUCUCCCUUUUUUGUGUGGUUUACUUUUUGGCUUACGGUGGCACAUAAAGAGGAGCGUUUCAUGGCGCCGGUGUACCCUUUUCUUCUUCUUGCCGCCGCGCUGAGCUUCACACUCGUAUUCUUUCCCUCUGACUCAGCUUCCGGCAUGACGACCGGCACCAGAGCAGCACCAGCGCCAUCUGCAAAAGCGACGGACCAGGACUCGAAUGAGAAAAUGGGACGACACGCUUUGGCUCGUGGGAAAUUGCCACGAAAGUCGCGGCUGCUACCCGUCACGGGCUGCAUUCUACUGCUACUCUGUGGUGUCCUGUCACUCUCGCGCAGUAUGGCCGUCUACCACUUCUACGCCGGGCCGCAGCGAUUGAUGUAUGAUACAUAUGAUGCGCUCCAGCGUGCAGCGGCACAUAAAAUUGCGUCGCAAAAAGGGGGAAAUAACAUGACAUUAUCAGACGAUCUUUACACGGUUUGUGUUGGCCGUGAGUGGUACCGCUUCCCCUCGUCCUUCUUUCUGGACACGCAGAGGACACGGGUGGCAUUCAUAAAGACGGAUGGCUUCUCAGGGGCAUUGCCGCUGCCAUUCAGGCGAGAUGAUUCCUACGCCACAUGUCGCUGCGGUGCUGCCGGUGUAAACGAUCUGAAUCAAGAGAUUGCCGAACAGUACGUGUCGGAUGCUGCCCUGGAGUGCGACGCUAUUCUUGACAGCCAUAGUGCAUAUGAUUCAAGUGACUUGAAGAACUAUCCGCAGGACGUCUUUGCGUACCCUCUGGUAGCUACAGCGAAGCCGCGGCAGUACCGGCUGCUGGAUGUGGACAGGACUCCGAUGUGGUGUCGAGUGUUGUAUUACCCAUUUGGCAUCAGCGAGCGGUGUGCCGUAUGGCAGCGUGUUGAACUGUUAAGCAAACACCGUCUCCAUGCCAGUACGUAA